UUUCAAGUCCGAUUCACACACACUCUCCCUGCUGCUAUAAACUUAACUACAAAAACACACACUGACACACAUAUCACAUCACUCUCUCUAUACGCUCCCUCUUAUAAUAAUAAUAUUUUAUUUAUAUAUUCGCCCCCCGUUUCAACUCUAAUUUUUGAGCUCAAACCCUAAUUUUAUAUAUGGGCAAGGAAGAGGUGGCUACUGAAGCUGGUGAAGUGGUGGCUAAUGGAACUGUGUUGCCAGCUAAACCGGAAAAUGGUGAAAGCGAGAAGAAAGAUGGGGAAAAGGAGGCAGUUGAGGAGAUGUGCGAGGAUAAGAAAGAUGACGUGAAGGAUGAAAAUGAGGAAGAUAAUGUUGACAGGGAGGAUGAUAAAGCAAGCAAAAAUGAGAAAGGAGAAGAGGAAGAGGUGAAGGACAUCACCGAAGAUAAAAAGGAGGAGGAAGUUAAGAGUGACGUGAUGGAAGUUGAUGAAGAGGAAAAAGAAAGUGAGGAUAAAAUUGUGGAAGCUGCUGAUGUAAAAGCAGAAGACGACAAGGGAGAAGAGGUUAAAGAGGAGGCAUCGAAAAAAAGUGCAACAAAAAAGAGUGGUGGAGAAAAAGGAAAGAAGGAGAACCUAAUUGAACAGAAUGAGAAAAAAAGGAAAGUGAAAAAUGAGGAGCCAAAAACUCCUGUUGUUCCGACAAUUGAACGACCGGUGAGGCAGCGGAAAUCCGUGGAAAGGUUGGUGGCGGUCAUUGAUAGGGAUACCGACAAGGAAUUUCACAUUGAAAAGGGACGUGGUACGGCUUUGAAAGAUAUCCCUAAUGUUGCUUACAAGUUAUCAAAGAAGAAAGUGGCUGAUGAAACACUUAAACUGCUCCAUUCUGUCUUAUUUGUGAAGAGAGGAAGGGCUUUGGAAAUCAAGAGUAACAUAUUGCGGUUUUCUGGCUUUGCCUGGGAUGAAAAUGAGGAAAAGCAAAAAGCUAAAGUUCAAGAGAAGCUUGAUAAGUGUAACAAGGAGAAGUUGUUUGAGUUCUGUGAUCUGCUCGACAUACCAAUUGCGAAACAUACCGCAAAAAAGGAAGAUGUCAUUGUGAAGCUGAUAGAUUUUUUGUUGCUUCCUCAUGCCACAACUAGUAAGUUACUUGCAGAGAAAGAACAGUCAAGCAAUGGUAAAAAACGUAAGAGCUCGGGCAAGAAAAGUACAUCUUCUGGUGCCACACCUUCAGAAGACUCUUCAAAGAAGCAGAAAGUUAAAAGUGCGUCUGAAAAAAAUAAGGGUACUCCAGAGAUGGAAGAGUCAGAGGGAGACGAGGAAGACAAAGAAAACAGUGAAGAUGAGAAUGUGAAUGAUGGCACUGAUAAGUCUGAAGGUGAAGAACAUGUAUCAGAACCUGAAUCUGGGGAAGACAGUAAGAAGCGCAAACGAGGUUCCGAAAAAUCUUCUUCCAAGAAAGCAUCAGCUCCAAAAGCUAAAUCAAAGAAAGAAGCAACAGCAAAAAAGACUCCUCAAAGGAAAACACCAACUGAAUCUUCUAUGAGUCGUUCCAAAUCCAAGGAUCAAAGUGAAACCACUCCAAAGACCUUCUCAAGGAAGAAGAAUAAUCACGUAGUUGAUGAGAAACCUUCAACUCCCAAGAAAUCUGCUUCUAAAGAGAAAACUGGGAAAAAAGUUGCAAAACCAAAAGAAGAAAAGCAAAAGCCUAGUGACGAUGAACUCAAAGUUGCAGUAUGUGAAACUCUUAAAGAAGUUGAUUUUAAUACGGUAACCUUUACCGACAUUCUCAAACUGCUCAAUAAGCGAUUCAAUACAGAACUCACUCCAAGAAAGGGGACUCUGAAAAUCAUGAUCCAGGAGGAACUUACAAAGCUAGCUGAUGAAGAGGAUGAGGAUGAAGAUGUUGCUGAGGAAACUGGAAAAGAAGCGUCUGCCAUAAAAGCAUAAAAGGCAGGUGAAGCACCAACACAACAACAAACUGCACUAUGUAUUUCCAGCCACCCUUUUUAUUACAUUUAUGACCAUUAUCCCUUUUAGGUCUUGUCAUCAUGUAGUGUUUUUAUCUUUUUUCUGUUUGUAGUUUAUUGUUAGUUGGUUGCAUAUUAGCUGGGCAGAUAAGGAACUUCAUGUUCAUUAGAAACCCUGUAGAUAGAGGUAACCCACCUUGGUGUAGAUCAUGUUUCAUAUGUACACAUCACCAUAAAUUGUAGGGUUUUCUUUAUUUAAAUUAUGGAUUAUGGAUAUUUUCUUUUGACUGAUAAUAAUGGUUUUGGAAACCUGUUUUAACAAAA